AUGUUCGCCGAACAAACCUUCGCCGCGAACUCUACCAGAAGGUCCCUCCAACAGAACCUCUUCUUCCUUCUGCAAAACCUCUGCAAAUCCCCAAACCAACUCUCCCAAAUCCACGCACAGAUCACCACCAACGGCUUUUCCCACAAAGCCUUCAUCCUCACCAAGCUUCUGUCUCUGUACGCGUCCUUCGACGAUUUCCCGCGCGCCCAACAACUCUUCGACCAUGUGUCCAGCCCGAGCACCCCUCUCUGGAACCAAAUCAUCCGUGGCCACUCGAUUUCCGGCGACCCUCGUAAGUCCGUCGAGUCAUUUGCCGGCAUGGCUCGUUCUCCGGUGCUGCCGGAUGAGUACACGUACAAUUACGUGAUUAGCUCCUGCACAAAAGGGGGGUUAUCGGCCGAAGGCCGCCAGGUUCACGGGAAGGUUCUGAAGAUUGGGUUUUGCUCCAACGUCCACGUUUCGACGAGCCUGGUUGAUUUUUACACCAAGAAUGGCGGGAUUGUGGAGGCGAGGAAGGUGUUUGAUGAAACGCCCGUGAGAAAUGUGGCCACGUGGAACUCAUUCCUCUCCGGGUGCUUCCGAUUUGGAGACAUUGAUUGUGCCCGGGAAGUGUUUGGUAAAAUGCCCGUGAGAAAUUUGGUGUCUUGGACUGUUAUGAUUUCAGGGUACGCGCGAAAUGGGAGGUGCAAGGAUGCAAUCGGUCUUUUCCACCAAAUGCGGCGGGAAAAUGUGGAGUUCGACCAGGUCACGCUCGUGGCAGUCCUCUCGGCAUGCGCUGAGGUAGGCGAUUUGAGCCUCGGGAAAUGGGUCCAUGCACACGUGUUCGAUUCAUUAAUCUCCCAAAAACGGGCUGUGCUCGUUUCGUUGAAUAACGCGCUCAUACACAUGUACGCAUCGUGUGGCGAAAUAGAUGCAGCAUUUGGAGUUUUCAGGAGGAUGGAUAAGAGGACAACUAUUUCUUGGACGAGCAUAAUCACGGGCUUCGCCAAGCACGGAUAUGCAAACGAGGCCCUCUCGGUUUUCCAAUGGAUGUCGAGCUUGGAUGAGAAAGGUAAUAUCAAUAUCAGGCCCGACGAGAUCACAUUCUUGGGUUUGCUCUGCGCUUGCAGCCACGCAGGAUAUGUGGACUUGGGCCGAUACUACUUUCGGGCCAUGACUGACGAGUACGGGCUCGAGCCUAAGAUCGAGCAUUUUGGGUGUAUGGUCGAUUUGUUGAGUCGGGCCGGGCUUUUGGACGAGGCCCACGAGAUGGUGAAGAGUAUGCCGAUGAGGCCCAAUGAUGUUGUCUGGGGUGCGCUUCUCGGAGGGUGCAGGAUACACAAGAGCGUUGACCUUGCUUUGGAAGUGGGAGAUUUGUUGACUAACGGGCUUGACCCGGACCGGGCUGGAGGGUACUUGGUGCUUCUGUCGAACGUGUGUGCAGCGUCCGAUAAGUGGGGUGAUGUGUCGGCUGUGAGGAGGAAGAUGGCCGAUUCUAAUGCGAAGAAGCCUCCCGGGAGGAGCUGGAUUCAGGUAGAAAGGGAAGUGUACGAGUUUUUUGCGGGGGAUUGGUCGAAUGAGAAUGCGGGUUCGAUUUACGAUGUUCUUGAUGAUGUCACGAGGGAAGCUAGGUUCCGAGGUGACGUUACGUAUUUUCAAUGA